AUGUUUCAACAUCUUAAUUUUGAUCAACUUCAACAAAUCAGCGCCAAGUCAAAACGAGCUAGAAUUUUGAAAUCAAACUUCAACCAUCACGUCAUCAAAACAAAGGAGCAAUAUUACAUCAAGGCAAGCAUUGCGGAACUUGUUGACGCUGAAGGAGAAGAAAAGUUCGGCAUUGAAAAAUUGGAGCUUAACAAGACGGCUACCUUUGCGCUAAUUGAGAAUAAUUUCAAUCUUGACUGUCCGAAAACACGCAACUGGUUCAAAAAAGAAGUGCCAGAAGCUCUUCGAAGAGAAAACACUCUUAUCGUCUCAAUCUACGAGUACCAGCCUCAAGCCGAAGAGUACAAAGGCAAAUACAUCACCGAUCCUGAAUCUCAGAUCGACGGGCGAUUCGUCAUCUGUGGAUUGAAAUGCCCCAGCAUAUAA